AUGACCCGCGAGCAAAUGCUCGAUAGCUCUCAGAGCUUCCCGAGUAGUAGUCUUCGAGGGCCUCGAGGCCCUGGGAUUGAUUAUGCGGCCGAACUAGAAAACCGAAUGCCAAUCAGGCAAGAGAAAUUGGACAAAAUGGAGAAACUUGGCCGCCGGGAGUCGAAGUUGGGACUUCGGAACAUAUUCGGGCGAUCCAAGACUGCAAAGGACGGCCAGGACUUGAAUCAUGCUCCAGUUGCAUCGAACUCGACUCGCUUUCGCACAUCAAUGGCAGAACUGAACCAAACACCUCAUGGAUACCAAUUCGACUCUAAUGUACCAGACAACUUUUCUUGGAAACCACUCCCGGCCACGGUGGAGGACGUUGCCUAUUCUGAGCAAUAUGAGCAGCGGGAUACAGCUGCAGUUACGAAAAAGAGAGCAAACCCGCGAGGAACUGGCAAGAACACCAAGGACACGAAUUCUAGUUGGUCGCUGCCACCAUUGUUCAAAGCCUUUCCCCAAGCCAUUCAUCACGCAACCUUGCCAGCCGCAUCCAUCUCUGCCGAUGCUAUCUUGCGUAUCAACGAAAAGAAAAGCAGUCUACAGAUCAAGGAAGAGGAAGAGAGCGCAAGCACUGCCAAGGGUCCCGAGGAUGACGAUCUUGGAGUAGAUAAGGAGAAACUUAAGAAGAAGAAUAAACGUGGUAUUAAUGGGUCCUCGGCAAACUUUGAAUGGACAACCAAAAUUUACAUUUUGGUCACAUCUGGAUAUCUCUUGCAGUACUCUGGGGACGGUAAUUUUGACCGUUUGCCGGAAAAGAUACUUCGGCUGGGCCCUUCGUCGGCUGCAUUUGCCACGGAUGCAAUUCCAGGCCGCCACUGGGUUAUUCAAGUUUCUUCCGUGGCAGACAUGGACGACACCCAAGGAUUAGAAAGUCGCUCCAUAUUUUCCAAGCUUUCGUUCCGUCUCACCGAACGACGAAGUGCAUCCAAUCUACUAAUGGUCUUCGAGAAUGCUGAAGAUAUGGAAGGCUGGAUAGCUAUUUUACGAAAUGAGAUCGAAAAGCAAGGAGGCAAGAAGAAGUUGUCAGAAACGGGCAAGCCAAAAUCUACCAUUGCUGAUCCUUAUUUGCGAGAGCAGACCAGUCAACGCACCCUUAUCAUCCGAGACCCAACCCGUUUCACAAGCCCUAGAAGUAGGAGCAGUCAUACUGUGAUAUCGCCACCAAGGGCGACGAGUUGCACUGGAACCCCUACGAGACAGGCCAGCUCUGAUAGAACCGGCAACCAAUCCCUGGACGAUGUUUCUACCACGAAUAGUGUCGUAUCUCAGGAUGAACGUCAACUAGAGAACCUACGAGAGAAUUCAAACCGGCUAUCCUUUAUAUCAUCCGGGCAACGGACUUUUGUCACAUCAACGGGAUCUUCGCCCGAGGGUUCACCUACCAAUGACAAAUUUGACGAAGGGAGUCUUGGUCUAUAUGAACCUGCUGGCAGAGGAGAAAUACGAACGAGACCGAACGGACUGGAGAUUGCUACGAGACGGGAGUCCAUGCAAGCCGGCAGACCUUUUGUUGACGAUGGCCUGUCCCCCAAGGGGAAGAAUCGUGGCUUCUCGACCCGUAUUACCGUUAUCCAACCUGACCGGGUAACCUCUCCUCUUGGUAUCAAGCCUACUCCCAACUUCAGCGUGCCACAUUCCUCAAAUCGACGCUUUUCGUACGCACGGGGUCUGGUGAGCACGAGCACUACAGACGGUUCUCCAAGCCGUAGACGAGACCGUGAUACAUCGCCUCCCAGAUUUGGCCGAAUGGCACCGACAGCGAUGCAAUCUGCCCAUCGCCUGUCGGCUGUGACUGACCAAGCAGUGGCACGAGCGAUAGCCACAGAGCGGCUGCCAACCGCACCAAAAUCUCCCACGCUGCCGGCGUCUCCAAUUAUGGACUUUGGUAAAAGACGGUUGCGAUCUGUCUCUCGAGGGCGAGCUAGCAAACGCGGGGACGACCACUCAUCACAAGUCCCUAAUAAUGUUCCAGAAUCCAUCCCAGAGAGAACAUCCUGGCGCCUCAGCCCCCGAAAACACUCGAGCGCCAGCGCCUUGAGGCAAGACUUGGGGGCGAGUAGGCCACCUCAUAUCGCGGCCAUGGCGACACGAAGUGUCCCGGUUGUCGACGAGGCUCCACGGGGACACCGUACUUCGUUCCUGGAUAUUGGGGAGAGUGCUGCCGACGCCCUGAGGAGCCGCUCACUUGAACCCUCUCGUGCAGCGAAGCGGGCCAGCAUGGGGUCUGUUUUCUCUGAGCGGUCUGCGCGCUCGUAUGAGGUUCACGACUCAACUGUCUCGAGCAAUCACUCGUCUGAUUCAGCUGCCACAGUCACUUCGGCAUCUAAACCGGGAAGCGGUCAUUAUCUCAAUGUUGAAAAGACGCCGAGAUCAUCACUCUUGAACCGGAGAAGCAUGCCACAGAUAGCCGUUAGCGGUCCUCCGCCAGCUCCUCCUCCGACUCGGGCGCUGCCUCCUAUUCCGCAAAAGAUGCAGAUACGGACUUGA